UUGUUCAACAUUUUAUACCCUUUGGCUUUUCUUUUGCACUAGUCAUGCCUGACCCAGCGAAAUCAACUCAGGCCCCUAAGAAGGGCUCCAAGAAAGCCGUCACCAAGGCACAGAAGAAGGAUGGCAAGAAGCGCAAGCGCAGCCGAAAAGAGAGCUACUCGGUCUACGUGUACAAGGUGCUCAAGCAGGUGCAUCCCGACACGGGCAUCUCGUCCAAGGCCAUGGGCAUUAUGAACUCUUUCGUCAACGACAUCUUCGAACGCAUCGCCGGCGAGGCGUCGCGCCUGGCGCACUACAACAAACGCUCCACCAUCACGUCGCGGGAGAUCCAGACGGCCGUCCGACUGCUGCUGCCAGGAGAGCUAGCCAAGCAUGCUGUGUCAGAGGGCACCAAGGCCGUCACCAAGUACACCAGCUCCAAGUGAGUGUGCCUGGCUGCUGCCUACAACCCACCCAAAGGCUCUUUUCAGAGCCACCCACAAUCUCAAUUAGGAGCUUUAAUACUAAGUGUUGCUAUGGCUUUGUUAGCUAAGUAAACACAAGCAGGCCUGAGAAACUAGUUAAUUUAAAAUGAGUAAGCAUUAUAAUCUUUCUUAGCAGAAUGCUGGUCACCUAAAAGCAAGACAUUUUUGAGAUACCAAAAUUUCAAAGUAGCCCUUAAGGGAAAUGUUAAGCAGCCUCAUAGCCUCCAUCAUUCCCUGAACUCUAGAAAUAACUUAAAAUACACAUACAAAGUUUUUCAAACUGACACUCAGUGUAGAUGCCUUGGUAACACUGCCUGACUUUUCACUUUAAGAUAAAAGAGAGUAUUCUACCCAUACUUCCACAUGGUCUGGGUGUCUUGAUGGAAUUCUAUCAAGGCCUCAAACCUGAAGAUCAAGGAGAGGAUCCACACAUCAAUUUAAAACGCUUUUGCAUAGCAAAGGAAACCAUUUACAGAAUGGGAAAACUUUUUGCAGCUACUCUUCAGACAAACCACUAAUAGCUAGAAUACAUUUUUUUAAAAAAUCAAAACAAGCAGCAGUAUCCCCCACAGCAAAAUUAUCCAAAAUUGAGCAUCUGAAAUGAAUAGAAACUUCUCAGACGAAGAAGUACAAAUGGCCAAUAAAUACAUGAAAAAUAUUCAAAAUUCCUGACCAUUCCAGUAAUGCAAAGUAAGCAACACUGAGAUAUCAGCUUACCCCAGAAAGAAUGACUUCAAGAUAUCAACAAGUAACAAAUGCUGGAGAGACUGUAGGGCAUUUAGGGGAAUGACUUAAUGAACACUAUUGUUGGGACUGGUAAAACCACAAUGAAAAUAGGUAUGGAAAGUCCUCAGAAACUGAAACAAAAAUCUCAUUUGAUCCAGCUAUUUCUCGUCUAAGUACUGUCUCCAAAAAGUUUUUUAAAAAAAGAAAAAAUCAUGCCACAGUAAUGUUUGCAUACCCACAUUUGCACAACUUUUAUAAUAGGUAAAUCUUAGACACAGCCUCUAUGUACAUUAACAGAUAAAUGGAUUUUUUAAAAUGUAUUUAAACACAAUGCAGUACUACUCUACCAUAAAGAAGGAUAAAGGAGUCAUUCAUAGGGAAAAUGGAUGCUCCUCAAAAUCGUAAUGUUAAGUAAAGAAACAAACUCAAAUAUAGCUUCUUUUAUGUGAAAACUCAACAUAUACAUAUAUAAAAUGCAAAAUAAGAAAAACCAGAGGGAAACAGAAAACUUUUUGUAAUCCAACAUGAACAAUGUAUCUAAAAGUGUUCUUUCAUGUAGUAUAACUGUCUUGUGUAGUUUAUAUGGAUUUUGGUCUAUUAGUCUGACUAAAUUUUCAUAUAUAAUAACUGUAUUAGGUUUAUAAGAUAAAUGAAUUUGAUGAGGGAGGAGUAAAGAAAAAAAAGCGAGAUGUCUUAAGUACACAUACCAAUUCCCCACAAUGAUUGCAACCAUGAUAUACUGCAAUCAUGUACUAAUAAAAAUAUUUUUUAAAUACGGAUCCAUUUCCUUCAUGCAUCAAGGAGCUGGAUUCCCAGUAAUAGUUCAUUUUAAAGCACGUUAUACUGGAGUUAAAAUGUUCAUGUCCAUCUUAGCAAUCUGGUAAUGGCCUUCUCAUGUGAACACUUGUUUUGGUCAGCAUCACUGUGGCCUGAGUUGUAAAUUGACUUAAUGAACUAACAAUUUCACUCAGUUCUGGAAUUGGCAAAUUAGAGUUCUCAGAAUAGGCUGAAAAUACAUAAGCUCUCCUAAACAGCACAAUAACUUCAUAUGAGUCUUAAAAAAAAAACUAGUUGAAAAUGGUGUAUAACCUAAUGUGAAUAUGUUUCCUGGUAGCCAUAUGGUUACAGGAAGUUAUUGAAGGGCAAAUAAACCUAUCAUUAUAAACUGAACCUUUUGUCUCCAAGAAAUACAGAUAUAAAGUUGUAGAUAUAUCUGAGAAAGGCUAGGUAGGAUUUGUAAGGAGAAAAAAAAGAGAAAAUAAACAGCCUGGGAGUAACAUGCCUUUUUAAACUUAGGUAAUAUUUAAUCUUAGGUAAUGUUCAUACUCUUAUCCUUGCAGCCAGCCAAGAGGCUAUGAUAGUUGUCUUGAAACUACUAUGGAUUUGCAAAGCACGGAGAUUAGAGGACGUAACAGUAAGCUACCAGAGCCCUUUGGUUACUGCACACAAAUGUAGAUCACUCCAUCAAAGCUUGGAGGUGCAGCAAAAGAAGUGAGUCUUAAAUCAGAAACAUGCCUAAGACUCCUCCCCAGAUGAAAAAUUAAGUGAAUGGACUGGGGCUCUUGAGUGUAACCAAUUUUGUUUAAUAGACAAAGGCCUCUGAGUGUAGAAAUUAUCCCAUUAUUUAAGCAGGCCUAUUUUGGCCACAGCACAGUAUUCAGCCAAGCAAAAAAUGAGCAAAAAAAAGGGUAUUUCCAAAGGAACCAAGCCUAAAGCUAUAAGAGCUAGGCCUCACAUCUGCAUAACUGAUCCCAAGAAUAGGAUUUAGAGAUAUUUAUGGGAUUCAGAAGGAUAGGGUGAUCUGAAGAGUGCAAAAAGGUGACUCAAGAUGAAGGGCUCUGAUUUGUGCAUGAGUAGCAAAACUCUUUGUUCUGCAUAGGAUGCAUGUUCAGACAGUGACUUUAGUAUGAUCAUCUGAGGGUGGAGUUUUUAGUCACUUAAUGUGCAAACGUUUCCCUUCAGAAUCCUGUGCAGGUCCUCAGGAAAUCAGUGACUUCUAAAAAAAUGGCCCUCAAAUCCCUGAAAAGUAAUUAAAG